GACAUUACUGAGGUUUCAAUUGUGAGCUCAUCACUCAUCUGUCUCACUGUUACAUUUGGCAUAAUGGGAUGCAAGUCAGUGGAAAAACCAAAGGCAAAGCACAGGAAGGGUUUGUGGUCACCAGAUGAAGACCAGAGGCUCAGAAAUUACAUCGUUAAACACGGCUAUGGUUGCUGGAGCUCAGUUCCCAUCAAUGCAGGUUUGCAGAGGAAUGGCAAGAGCUGCAGAUUAAGGUGGAUUAAUUACCUGAGGCCAGGAAUAAAGAGAGGCGUGUUCACAGUACAGGAGGAAGAGACAAUUUUGAACCUCCACCACUUGUUAGGCAACAAGUGGUCUCAAAUAGCACAGCAUCUCCCUGGAAGAACCGAUAAUGAAAUAAAGAAUCAUUGGCAUUCUUAUCUUAAGAAGAAGAUUAAUGUCAAAGCUGAUGAAUCUCACCUUCAAAUGCCAAGCAAUUCAGACUCUCUGGGAUCUCUGAACUCAACAAACUUUCCAACUGAUCACACCCAAAGUUAUGAUACAACGGAACAUACAAAAAGCUCAGCUUCUCAAAUUCCAGAAAUUUUCAACCCGACAAAAGAGGGUCAAAGCUCAUUGCCAAGGCUUCUUUUUGCGGAGUGGCUUUCUCUGGAUAAUUCUCCUGGAGAAAGUUUCACAAACCAUGCUGAAUUACAAGUUCCUAGAGAUGAUCACUAUUACCAUACAAGCUCUCAGGAUUCUUUAGUUUCUUCACUGCUAAAUGAGGGAACUUUUGGUGGCGAUCAAUAUCACAAUGAUCGGAGUGAAUUUUCAACCAGUGAGAUAUAUAGCUCACAGUUUGAUUUCGAGGAUCAAAUCCCGGGAAAUGGGCUUGUGCAGUGUCUUUCUAGGGAUGAUCUUUGUAGUGCCUUCAGCAUUGACAGUGAUAUAUUGUCCAAUGAGAAUUUUUUUUAAUUAUCAGGGGCGCAACUACGAGGAAGAAUAACUUCUAAUUAUACUUCCAAAUUAAAACAUGGAUUUGCGAAACACGCAAGUCCUUUCCAAG